GCGCGUGUUCGCCCCGUUUCUGCUUCUGUCUUUCCUGUCUAGGAAACCUUGGAGGCGCCAACUGUUCACCGCACUGUUGUUUGUCUGCUUUCUUCUUUCUCACUGUCAAGCGGCUCCGAUGUUUACCACCGACAAAGCACCAUCGGCGGCGGCGGUGGCUCGCCUUGCAGCUUUCCGCGCCCGUCACGCAGGCGCAGACGUGCCGACAAGCCGCGACCUUAGUCCCCAACCCACGCAAGGCUCAGACUACAUCGCAGAACUCCUCGCACGGUACACCACACCAGACGAGGCACGCAAAGCCUAUCGAAACCCCCCUGCGUCCAUGUUGAUCGACUCCGAGGACACAAGCGGCCUCGCUGCUCCAGAAAAUAGCUUGACAGCAGGCACUGCGUCAUCGAGCGGCGCCAUCGCGCAGGCGCUGAAGAAGGCGCGGAGAGAGAACGCCACGGCGGCGCUGGCCGCAUCGUCCUCCUCCUCUGCCUCGUUAAACGACUCUGCUAAUGCGGCGGUGCGUGUCGGUCUUGCCGCGGACGGAUCGCCCACAGCCGUAUUUGUAGAGGGCGUUGAGCGGGUGAAUUACCUGGGGAAGUCGUUCCUGGAGCCCCCGUCGAGCCUCUUGGAGCACGAGGAGGAAACGAAGCAGAAGCCGUGCCAGCCCCCACGCACGCUGCGCGGUGUCUUUAAGGUGCCCGAAGCGUACCAGGCGGCGCCGCAGCGCAAGACAGGGGAGGAUUCUUCCGCGUCGCCCGCCUCCUCCGGCAAGGACGGCGAUGCGCACGCGAGCAAAGAGAAGAUAGAGGGCGGUGCGCACCGCACCGGGAAGACGCCCGGCGUGCAGCAGCUCCGCUGGGCCCCCGCCACCCACGGUCACCUUCUCUUCUCUGGCGACUUGGCGGGCCAGUGCCGCCUGUGGAGCUCCACGUCGCGGCAGCUCCUCGCCACCUUCUCGGCGCACACGCAGCCUAUCAAAAGCCUCGAAGUGACGAAAAGUGCCGCACUCAUGUCGACGGGCUCGGUAGACGGCACCGUGGCGGUGUGGGACGUGGAGGCUGGCCGGUGCGUGCAGGUGCUGACCAACCCCGAGCGCCUGCCGGUUGUCCAGCACUUGCACCACCCCUCCGAUGAGGCCCACCUGCUCUUGGCGGCGGUGGACAAGAAAGUGGUGCUCUACGAUGUCCGCGCCAGCUGCAGCAAGUACCAGCGCGAGUACACGGGCCACAUGGGCACCAUCUUCAACCUGACGCUGCUCAGCGAUGGGAGUAAGAUGCUGACCACGUCGGAAGACAAGACGCUGCGCACCUGGGACUACCGCAGCCCGGUGCAGAUCAAGCAAUUCGCGGAUGCCGCCAUGCACGCCAUCACGCACGUGCUGCAUCACCCAACGCAGCCGGAGUACCUCGCGGCCCAGUCGCUGGACAACAAAGUCAUCGUGUUCCGCGACGACGGCGGCGGUCGCCUGCGACUCCUGCACGACCGUGAGUUCACCGGACACACCAUCUCCGGCACGCGGUGUCAGCUGGGCUUCAGUCACGACGGCCGCUACUUGUCCAGCGGGGACAUCAGUGGUAAGCUGUACGUCUGGAACUGGGCGACGAAGAAGCUUGAGAAGUCCUUCAAGGCCCACGCGCAGAUGUUGGUGUCGCACCUGUGGCACCCGAUCGAGCCCUCCAAGGUGGUGACCGCCGCGUGGGACGGGCACAUCAACAACUGGGUCUAG